CCAUUCCCGAAGAGAUCGGGAUGUUAAGUAAUCUUUGGCUGCUUUAUAUGGAACACAACUCUCUGUCAGGUAGAAUCCCUUCAUCAAUUGGAAACUUGACCAUGUUAGAAAUAAUUUAUCUCUAUGAGAACAAUCUCUCAGGUCCUAUUCCUCACGAAUUCUGGAAACUCUGUGCCCUCACUCAAUUGCAAGUACAUUCCAAUAGACUUUCCGGGCUAAUCUCUCCAUUUGUCGGGAACCUAACAAAUCUCACAAAAUUGGCCUUGCACAGUAACAACUUUUCUGGUCCAAUUCCUCCGUCCAUUGGUAACUUGAUCAAUUUAGUUCAGCUCCAUCUUUAUAACAACAGUUUUUCAGGAUACCUUCCUUCCACUGUUGGAAAUAUGACAAAGCUCAUCGUCCUGUUAUUGGACCAUAACAAACUCAGUGGUCCACUUCCACAAGAAAUGAAUAAUAUGACAACUUGGUAUAACUUACAGCUGAGUAAUAAUUGUUUCACUGGUCCUUUGCCACAACAAAUUUGUCAGAGUGGGAGGUUAUUUAAGUUUGCUGCUAAUGAUAACCAUUUCACUGGUCCUGUUCCAGCAAGUUUGAAGAAUUGUCCUAGUCUAUACAGACUCAGGCUUGAUAAUAACCGAUUAGUUGAUAAUAUAACAGAUGCUUUUGGAGUAUAUCCUGUGUUGAACUACAUGGACCUAAGUGGCAAUAAAUUCUAUGGCCACCUUUCAUCCACGUGGGGCAAGUGCACCAACCUCACACAAUUGAUUAUUCACAAUAACGAGCUUUCUGGCAGUAUACCGCCAGAACUAGGAGAGGCACGUAACCUUGGUUUACUUAACUUGUCUUCAAAUCAUUUGUCUGGCCAAAUUCCGAAACAACUAUGGAAGUUGACCUCAUUGAUGAAACUCUCUUUGAGCCAUAAUAACUUUCAGGCAAUAUCCCCACAGAAAUAAGUUCACUUAGUAACCUUACAGAUUUGGAGUUAGCAGCAAAUAAUUUCAAUGGCUCAAUCACAAGAGAGAUUGGAAAAUUACGAAGGUUGAUGUUCUUGAAUUUGAGCAAAAAACAGAUUUGAUGAAAGCAUUCGCCUUGACUUUGGUGGACUCCAAGAACUUGAACAACUUGAUCUCAGUGACAAUUUGCUGAUUGGAGCAAUACCAGCAACACUUGGAAUGUUAUCCAAGUUGCAAGUAUUGAACCUCUCGCAUAAUCAUCUCUCUGGAAACAUUUCUUCCUUCGGUGAAAUGCCAGCUUUGUCUACUGUUGACAUAUCAUACAAUCAAUUAGAAGGCCCCCUUCCAAAAAAUAAAGCCUUUCAAAACUUUGCCGCUUUGAGGAAUAAUAAAGGCUUGUGCGGUAACGUCGCUGGUUUGAGUCCAUGCGGUGAGCCAAAACCCAAACCAAGUGGACAGAGCCAGAGGAUCAAAAGGUUCUUGAUAAUAUUCCUCCCAUUGGCCAUACUGCUAUUAGUACUUGUUGGAGCAUCUUACAUUUUUUAUCGAGUAGCAACAAAAAGAAAAGGCAAAAAUGAAGAAGCAUCGCAAGAAGAGGUUUAUUUUGUGGGGAGUCUUGAAAAAGAAAUAUCGUGCCAAGAUAUCAUCAAAGCCACAGAGGAAUUUGAUGACAAAUAUCUUAUAGGGAGAGGGAGCCAGGGAAGUGUUUAUAUAGCUGAGUUGCCUAGAGGUGAUGUUUAUGCUGUAAAGAAGCUUCAUUCGAUACCAAGUGGGGAAAUCUUCAACCAGAAAGCUUUUACAAGUGAGAUUCGAGCUUUGACGGAGAUCAAACAUCGUAACAUUGUGAAGCUGCAUGGGUUUUACUCCAAUUCACAAUUCUCCAUUUUGGUUUAUGAGUUCCUGGAAGGUGGCAGCUUGAAUAACAUACUAAAGAAUGAGAAACAAGCCACUGAGUUUGACUGGAAUAAGAGGGUGAAUGCUGUUAAAGGUGUGGCUAAUGCAUUAUUCCAUAUGCAUCAUGGCUGCUCAAUUCCUAUUGUGCAUCGUGACAUAUCAAGCAAGAAUAUUCUUCUGAGUUCAGAAUAUGAAGAAGCUCACAUCAUUGACUUUGGAACUGCUAAGUUUUUGAAUCCUGACUCAAACAACAUGACCACAUUUGCUGGCACAUUUGGGUAUGCUGCACCAGAGAUUGCUUUCGUUAUGCAAGCCAACGAGAAAUGUGAUGUUUAUAGCUUUGGAGUGUUGACUUUAGAAAUCAUCAUGGGGACACAUCCUGCAGAGCUUAUUUUAUCUUUGGCAGACAGAUCAACCACUGAUCAUGACUUGUUGAAAGAUGUGUUGGACUCACGACUUUCUCCAAUUAGAAAACCGGUCCUAGAUGAGGUGAUCUUGAUUGCAAAAAUAGCAUUUUCUUGCCUGAAAGAUAAUCCUCGGUCUCGUCCAACCAUGGAACAAGUGUCUAAGGAGCUUGAGAAGCCGCCAAAAUCUCAUUCAGAGGACCAAUUUCACACCAUCACAAUUGGACAACUCAUGAGGGAUUGAACUUGAUUUGCAAGUGCAUCUACCUGUAUAAAUUCUUGCGCUUGACAUUUUAAUGCAAAUAUUAUAAGUUUGUAUUCUACAUAAUGAAAUAAAGCUUGUUGUAGUUAUUGUAUUGUAA